UGUCCCCGCGCCAAGAGCCCCCAGCCCCCGCAGAGAAACCAGCAGCAGCAAAGCGAGCAGCCAGCCCCAGGGCCAAGGGAGAAGGAAACCGAGGCAAGCGGAGGCGGUGGCGGCGGCAGCAGCAGCUCAGGGCGCACGCGCUUCUCGUUUCGUGUCCCCGGGGGAAGGAUUGAAGGGAGGGAAGACGGGAGCCGAAGCUUCGAGAAGGCUCGUUCGGUCGAGUAGGGGAGGAAGGCUGGCGGCCGAGGGCCCGGGCGGCAUGGGGAGGGACGAGCUGCUGCGGCGGAGCCUCGUGGCGCUGGCGGCGGCCGUCGUGGUCACGGGGCUGGCCACGGCGUCGCUGCGGAAGGCGGCGGCCACGUACGGCUUCGGCAUCCUGGCCAUAGCCGGCGUGCUGCUCCCGGACUGGGAGUUCUUCGACCGCGACUUCUCCCAGUGGCUCACCCCCAUGCCCGCCUCCCGCCGCACGGCCGCCGCCGCCGCCGCCGAGCGCGAGCACGACGUCUGGAAAUUCAAGCCCUACCCUCUCAGGAUGGCCAUGCUGACGACGAUAUACAGUUUCGGGCUUUACAAGUGGUGGAUAUACGUAUCUAGCUAGUGGAUCCUUCUCUUCCCCCUGGAUCUCUCCCCAUGUAGUGAAGUUAUUUCUUUUUUGGAAGAAACACCAUGACAGCGCAGGGUCUUCUCAUAUCUCAGCCAUUCUUCAAUUGUGAUCAGAUCAGCCAGUUGUUAUAUUGCCUGGUUAUACGCUGCUGCCGAUACGAAAAUCUUCUAAUGGGGGAACUCCCGACACAAGUUGAUUGUAUGUAACUAGCGGGUUUUGUAAUGUGGAAACGUCAUGAUUCUUAUUUCUUAGCUGAAAACAUGAAGCUAGGUUUUAUUCCUUCUCCUUUUCGUCACUCUUGCAGCCUUCCUUCAUGAUCAUGAUGCCUCUCCAUCAGAAAACCUUGAAUUUUUUGAAGGACUAUGAACAUAUAUAGUACUGCCUU